UGAAAUUAUUAAUUAUAUUAAUAGAUAGUAUUUCUUCUGUUUCACUAAGAAUCAAAAGAGUAAUUUUGACAUUUUUUUAUUAUAUUAAAAGUGUCAUUUUUAAAAUUUCAGUGCAAUUUAUAUUUAUGUUUGAACGCAUCAUUAAUUAUAAAUUGCAUCAAUUUUAUAAAUAUUUUUUUUAUUUCAAAUAUAAUUGAUUAAAUAGAUAUAAUCAAUAAGAACAUUUAUGCAUUUAUAUCAUUUUUAAUUUAUGUAAAAAGUGUGAAAUUGAUAUUUUGUGAAACUAAAAGAAUAUAAUAUUGGGACAAAAAAUGAAGACAUCAAAAUGUAUAUAUUUUUAUAAAUGGAUUCUUUUUUAUAAAAAAAAAUCCAUUUUUAAGUUUUCAUUAGAAGUUUCUGAUCUGUUUGAAUUAUAUAUGUUGGAUUUGAUUAGCAAUAACAAAAAUAAGUUUAUUUAAUUUGAUUGGUCACACUAUACUUAAUAAAUGUAAAAGUUACCUAGAAAUAUGAAAACUACUUACAUUUUGAAACAAAAAAAUUUCCCUAAAACUACUUACAAUAUGAAACGGAGGGAGUAUUAAAUAAAAUUUACUAUUUUGAAUUAGGACCAAGAAGUAGUAGUAAUAGAUAAACAACGCAUCUGAUUCGUCACUGCUCAGCAUGCAUGAUUCAAGCAAAAACAAUAAAUAUUUGAAACCAAUACAAGAAGUUUUAGAAGGACGAGUUGCAACAAACUUCACUGAUUAGUUUCAAAAAUAAAACAAACGUCACUGACAAAGAAUUCAUUAAUACUUUUGGAACUCAUAACAAAGAAAGACAAUCGGGUUUGUGUUUUGGGCCUUUUUUAACAAGGUUCGUGUUUUUGUUUCGGCUCGCUGCAGUUCUAUUGAAAUAUGAAAUUUCGUUACUGGGCCGUUCCAAAACAUUAAGUCGUUCAAAGUCCACAUAAAUAAAUUAAUGAGACCCAUGAUUUAACAAGAUUCAGUUUUCACAAUUUUAUCAGAUUUUCACCGAUUAUCAAAAAUCCAAAAUUUCCAAUUGAAAUUCAAGUAAACAUACUGAUCUUACAUGAUUGAUUUUUCUGAAUAAUAGGAAUAAAAGAUUUGGAAAUCAUGGUGCAACUUUCUCUUCUAGUUUUAUUUUGUUUGUUCUUGUCUUGUGUGUAAUCUCUAGCAACAUCAAUAAUCGCACUUGUCUUCUUCGGGUUUCAACCAUCUAAGCUACUCGAAAAGUUUCGACGAGAGAAUCUCAAGCUCCGGAGAGUCGGAUUACAAAAAAAAUACUAUACACGUUAUAACCUAUCACCAAGAAUGUAACGAAUAAUCAGUUACAAAAAAAAAUGUAACGAAUAAUCUUCAAAGCUUUCAGACGGAGCAGCACAACAACCAAUAUACAGAACUGGCCAACAAAAAUUCCGAAACUAAACGGCGAUUCCAAAUACUCAAACUAAACUAUUUAGUUUUCAAAAUACAAAGCUUUUGGAAUAAUCAUUUAGCUCCUUAUGGAAUCUCAAUCUCAUAAGGAUAUGGUGGAAUCAGAAUAUCAAUAAGCAAAAUUUGGUACAUUGUUUCAAAACAUUUGUCUUGAUUCACAUUUUAUUUGUUCCUCAUUUUCCACCAUUUUCCAAAACCAAAAAAAACAAUUAACAAAUAAAGAUAUGUAUUCGACCAGAUUAUAAAAGCACGAGAUACUAUAAACUCGAAUUAGGAUCUGAAAAUCCCCUAACGCUAACAUCUCUAGCAGAUAAAAAUAUUAAAUUUAUAUCCGAAGAGAGUAGAGAGAAGGUGACUACAGAUUCUAAUGCCGAAAAAGCCUCGUGCCGGAUAAAAAUCAGGAAGAAAAAUGACGGAUAAGUUGCUUAGGAGAACCCUAAAGAACAAACCCUAUGGUUUUUUUCAAUAUAGCGCAGCUAUGACUCGACACGCUUCCAUUGAGCUUUUUUGGAAGGCGAUCUUAAGGGCUGCGCGCUAAACAAUUGAGAAGAACACUGUUCUAAAACAUAGACCCUAAUUCGCUACGAAUGCCAUAGGAAUUCAGACAAGAGCAGCGAGUAAGCUUUAUAUAUGGGAGACAUGUUCUGCCCUAAUCCAGCCUCCUACGUGUCUUUUGAAUAUUGAACUUAAGGCCCAUUGUAAGCCCAUGUUCUAUUAAGCCCAUAUAACAUGAUCGUCACAAAGAUACUACUGGAAAUGUCACACAAGUAAAGUGUCUCGUGUCAAAAUAUGUUAGUACUGUUAUAAAAACAAAUCUAACAAGGAUAUAUAUGCGUUAGAUAGGUUAGUAUAAUAACUGGAUUUUGUCACUAAUAUCUGUUACAUGUCAACAUAAUUAGAUGGGAAUGGAUUAAAAAGUAACGGAUUUUUGUUAAUGCAGUAUUUAUAGUUUAUAGUUUUAUACCAACAUUACGUUUUGACUUUACUAUUAUUAUAAAACAAAUUAUCUAACAAGGAUAUGUGAGUUACAGCAUUGUAUACAAAUAUUUACUUCACAAAACAGCUGUGAUGCAACUUCAAACGAAUAUUCAGUUAUGUAAUACAUUCCAAAUAUAUAAUGUUCGACAGUUAUCAAAGAUCACAGUCCUCUUCACCUUCCCUAUAUACAUCUCUCGUCUCAUCCAUCACAAAACACAAAAGAAAACAAAUUGUAACUCGACAUGAGUUCCCUCCAAGACGCGAAAAAUGGGGCGGUGUUAGAGACGCAGUCGUCGUCUUCCACGGUGGUGGUACAUAGUGGUGAACCAUCACCGCUUAGAAAAAUCAUAUCUGUAUCUUCUAUCGCCGCCGGUGUACAGUUCGGGUGGGCUCUACAGCUAUCUCUCCUGACUCCGUACGUGCAGCUUCUCGGAAUCCCGCACAAGUGGUCCUCCCUCAUCUGGCUAUGUGGUCCCAUCUCCGGCAUGCUUGUACAACCAACCGUCGGUUACUACAGCGACCGAUGCACGUCAAGAUUCGGUCGUCGCCGGCCCUUUAUCGCUUCCGGAGCCGUCCUGGUGGCCGUCGCUGGUUUACUCAUCGGAUACGCCGCUGAUCUCGGCAAGCUAGCUGGAGACAAACUCGACGAGACAGUGAAGGUACGUGCCAUAUGGUUCUUCGCUCUUGGUUUCUGGAUCCUGGACGUAGCCAACAACACUCUCCAAGGACCUUGCCGCGCGUUUCUAGCGGAUUUAGCCGCGGGAGACGCGAGGAAAACGCGGACCGCAAACGCGUUUUUCUCUUUCUUCAUGGCUGUCGGAAACAUUUUGGGGUACGCGGCGGGAUCGUACACCAACCUCCACAAGAUGUUUCCGUUCACGAUGACUAAAGCGUGCGAUGUAUACUGCGCGAAUCUCAAGAGCUGUUUCUUCCUUUCCAUCAUUCUCCUCCUAGUCCUCACCGUUGUGUCGCUCUAUUACGUCAAAGACAAGCAAUGGGAGAAAGAAGACUCCGAUGUGAAGACACCGUUCUUCGGCGAGAUCCUUGGAGCGUUCAAGGUGAUGGAACGUCCCAUGUGGAUGUUAAUAAUAGUCACGGCGUUGAACUGGAUCGCUUGGUUCCCUUUUCUUUUAUUCGACACUGACUGGAUGGGUCGAGAGGUGUACGGUGGAGACUCGGGUGGAAGUGAAAUAACGAAAAAGCUUUAUAACCAAGGAGUACACGUUGGUGCGUUGGGACUGAUGUUAAACGCGAUCGUUCUUGGGUUCAUGUCGCUUGGUGUUGAAUGGAUUAGUAGGAAGAUGGGUGGAGCUAAACGGCUAUGGGGAGUUGUGAACUUUAUCCUUGCAGUGUGUUUAGGCAUGACUGUUUUGGUUACAAAAUUGGCUGAGGAUCACCGGAGAACCGCCGGUGAAUUUGCCGGUCCGACCAAUGGCGUUAGAGCUGGGGCAUUGACUCUCUUUGCUCUUCUUGGUAUUCCACUAGCUGUUACUUUCAGUAUCCCCUUCGCACUAGCUUCCAUAAUAUCAAGUAGCUCUGGCGCCGGCCAAGGACUUUCAUUGGGAGUUCUAAAUUUGGCAAUCGUGAUACCACAACUGGUGGUGUCACUUGGAUCUGGACCGUUCGAUUCGUGGUUUGGAGGUGGAAACCUACCAGGAUUUGUGGUUGGAGCUAUUGCAGCGGCACUCAGUGGCGUAGUCGCAUUAACCGUUCUACCUUAGUUUUACGUUUUAUAUACGUAUGAUAUAUCAAUGACAGCUCUAAUAAUUUAAUACCCAUAGAGCAAGAACAAAAUGUUGUCCAUGUUUAAAUGAAUGUUUCUCUCUGUAAAAACCUCCUUGUUUUAUACAUAUAAAUGUUAUGAUA